UGAGGUGAGGGGAAAGGGUGGAGAAACUCAGGAACAAUCAAACAAAUGAAGCGUCUCAUCCUAACAUAAUAAGAUAUGAUCCUGUACGGCCAAUAAACCCACCACCCCCUUUCCAGCAAACUCAAAACGGCGCUGAAUCCCAACAUCGAUUGAUCAAACACAAAACAAUACAACUACAACACUCAACCUCAAAAGAAGAAAAUAUUCUUUUAAAAGAAGAAGAUGGUGGAAGCGACUUAAGAUGGUGGGGGGCGACUCCAUGUAUGUUGGAGGCGAUUUGUUUAGCCAAAAAAAAAUUGAACGUAACCGCUACAAAUAAGAGCUCAACCAAGGCUUUGGGUUCAUCUUGUUGUUUCUCUUUCUACUCUAUCUUUUUUUGUUUUUAUAUUUUUGGUGAAUUUGUUACCAUUGGUUAUAAUUUAGAAAAAUAUUGAAAAAAAUGAGUGAUAGAAUUAGUUUGAAAGUAUAUUAUAAUGGUCAAACUUUAUCUCAAACAUCUGAAGGUAUAAGAUUUAUGUGCCAGAAUUCAUGUGAUAUUGUUCCUUUUAUUAUAUUAUUUGAAAAAUUAAAAAGUCUAAUUUGUGAAAUGAUAGAUCUUCAGAUAUUGAAAAGAGUAACUAGUGUUCUUUACAAAUAUCCUAUAAUAGUAUUUGGAGGAUUCAUACAAUUCGAGAUGAAGUAUGUCACUUGUGAAGUAACGAUGCAAGAAAUGUUUUCAAUAUAUCAAGAAAGACGAUCACAAGACUUUGCCAUCGAGUUAUACGUUGAGUUCGAACACUUGACUUAUGGUGUUGAAGAAGCCGAUGGGGACAUGGACUGGGAAGGCUACAAUAGUGAAAGUGAAGAUGAAUUUGAAGGCAACUAUGAAAUAGAUGAUCCAAAUGUAGAUGGAGACGAUGUUGAUUGCGCUAAUGAGCCAGACAUAGAAGAAGUGACAAAUGUCCUAGCAAGCCAACAUCUGUUUGGAGAACCGUCUUUUAUGCGCGAUUUGCAUCUUGCGGCCUUGAAUGCACCGGAGUUUUCUAAGUAUGCGAAUGCUAGUAUGUGAAUAUGAUAUUAAUAGAUUAUUUCUAUAUUUUCUGUACUAUGAGAUGAUGAUUCUACUUGAGAUGAUGAUUCUAC